AUGCGCAUCCACCCCUCCCCACGGCUCCGCAACACGCGCCCGCGCGUCGCCAUCGUGCUCGGCUCGACGCGCGAGCCGUCCAACACGGCCGGACUGGGCACGUACGUGCGUAACCUGCUACGGCGGUACUUCCCCACCGUCGAAGUGGAGGUCGUGCACCUCUCCAAGUCGACCGCGGCAGGCCACCCUCUCCCGUUCGAGAUCAUCGGCACGCCGGCGACGCACAAGCCGCCCGGGGGCGACCGCGCGCGCCUGCCAGACACGUAUACACACCCCUCUGUCGUGGCGUGGUCGGCCGCUGUGGUGUCGUACGACGCCGUGCUGUUCCUCGCGCCGCAGUACAACGGCUCCAUCACCGCCCCGCUCAAGAACGCGCUCGACCAGCUCUGCUGGGAGUGGAAGGGGCUGCCUGCGGCCCUGGUCACCUGCGGCGGUGGCGGCGGCGGCACGCUCACCGAGCACGGGCGGCUGAUCAUCGGGCGCAACUUCGGCAUGGACCUCUGCGACGAGGGUGUCGAGAUUGCCCUCCGGCCUGCGCUGAGCACGGGACACUGGGUGCGCGGGGACGAGGCGUGGCUUGCCGUGUAUGAUGAGCCGAUGCUCGCGCUCCUUGCCGAGCUGGUACGCAAGGCUGAGGCUUGGCGGGAUGAGCGGGACAGGGAUUGGGACGAGUAG